AUGUCGUUCGGGGGUAAAGCGGCGCACGAUGCGCUGCAACGUCUCGCCAUCUCCGUCGACCCACCCCGCGCCUUCGUCGACCGCGACGUCCGCGCCGCCAACCUCCGCCGGCUCCGCGACGACGCCGUCGGCGAGUGCCUCCGGAUCUUCCAGCUGUGCGCAGCGCCCGCGCUGGGGGACGGGGGAAACCUUCGCCUGGUGUUGACGCCGUGCGUGCGAUGGUGCGUGUGCGCGAGGCUGUUGCGGGCGGUGGGUCGGCGGGUGGACGAGGCGGUGCGGCGGGACGUGGCGGCGGCGGUGGAGGCCGUCGCCGCCGCCGCGCGCGAGCGCGUCGAGCGCGACGAGGAGGACCAAAGAUCCGACGGAUUCGCCCAGUCGGACGGCGGUCCGUCGACGGCGACGACGCAGCCGGCGCGGUAUCGUUCCCCCGUCGAGAGGACGAUGACGGUCAAGCCGCGGCGAAGCGACCGGAGCACCACCGGCUCGUCCCAAACGCGUCUCAUCGAGGACGCCGAGCGCGUCGUCGCGGCGCUCGCGGACCAGAUGCUCGGCGGAUGGAAAGGCGCGCCGGCGGAAAGCGGCGACUCACCGGGCGGUGACCCGACGGACGACGCGGAGCGCGAGUGGCGCGACGUCGCGAACGACGCCGCGCGCGACUUCGCCGACGCCGUCGAGCACCCGCUCGCGAGCGCGCUCCUCCGCGACUCAGACGAUGUCGGAUUAGCCGUGACCGAGUGCGUCGAUCGGAUGCUCACCCCCGCAGCCGUCGCCGUCGCCAACGCCGCCGCGCGCGUCGCCGCCGGCGCGGAUGAUGUCACGCGCGAGGGCCAUUCGCAUUGGACGGCGUUCGAGCCACCCGCGGCGUGCGCCACCGCCGCCGCGGAUUGCUGCGAUCGCGUCCGGACAGCCGCGGAGAAAGCCUUUUCGAGAUUAAGACUCGAGAAUGAGAAAGAGAAUGAGGGACGCGAGCACGAUCGAGGGACAUCCGCCGGGGGUGGGUUCGGGUUCGGGUUCGGCAUCGCGGCGUUCACGGGGAGCGCGGGUGCGGGGGGCGGUGACUCACCGGGCGGUGACUCACCGGGUACCCGUGAUUUUCCCCGAUCCCGCGACACCCGCGCGACGUCGCUGGCGCGUCUGGCGCUGAGACGAACGUGCGAGGCGGGAACAGUCGCGGAGGAGCUGGCGGUUGUAGCGAGGACGGCGCACGCGGCGGUCUCGGCGGUUUCAGCGGUUUCGAGGCAUGGUUCGCGAAUGAGAACCCGAAGGUCGGGAGUUAAAACCCCGCACGGGGCGACGACGACGGCGAAUUCGGAGGAGGAGGAGGAGGAGGAGGAGGGGAUUCGGGCGGCGAGGGCGGACGCGAGACGCGCGCUGCGUUCGUGCGACAGCGCGGCGCGUUGCGCUCGCGCGCUCGCGGACAAAAAAAUCACUGCCGCGCUCUACCUCCCCCUUAUCACAGUCGCUACUAGAGGAACGACGAACUCGCUCGCCGCCGCCGGGAGACGAAGAGGCGGAGGGUUCGUCGUGAUUCACGGGUCGCAGGCGGCGAGAGACUUCGCCAGGGAAGGAGACGGCAUCGCGCUCGCGGCGGGCUUCGAUACCGAGUUCGUGCGGCACCCGACCGGUCCCUUCCUCGCGCAUUUCGUCGCGGCGUGCGGAGCGGUGGAGGCGGCGUUGCGAUCGCAGCGAACUCUCGACGUGAACGACGACGACGACGACGACGAGGGGAGGGACGAUCCCGUCGAAGGAACGCGCGCCCCGGGGGGAAGGGAGACGAGAAUCUCGCGUUGGAUGUCAGUCCCGACGAUUCGGCAAAGUCGGCGAGAGGGAGACGGGUCCGCGGAGCGCGACGCGUACGCGCGGGCGGCGGCGCGUGUCGUGUUGUGCGCGUGUCGCACCGUCCGCGGCGGCGAUGCGCUCGAUUUCGUCCACGAUCUGUUCCCGCCCGCCGCGGGUUUCGUCGCGGGGACGGCGCAGCCCUCCGAGACGGCGGGAUUUUACGACGAGGAAAUGAUCCGGGAGGAGGAUUCCUUUGCCUCCGAGCCGAACUCCACGGAUGGAGGACGCGAGCCGGUUCGAGAAGGCGGCGCGGGGGGAAGGGACGCGACGGGAACGACGCGGGGAAAGACGUCUUCUUACCAAAACUCCACGGCGGGUUCGGUCGGAACGAACGAGCGCCGUUUGAAAGCGAGAGUUCAAACCGCGGCGGUUUCAAACGGCGGUUUCAAACGACGAGAGUUUUCGCCGGUGGAGGUGCGGGUCACGCGUCGACGCGUCGUCGUCACGUCACGGGACGGGUUCGUCGUGAGCCGGGACGAAGGCGUUUUAGAAGGUUCCAGAAGGUUGGACGGGGGCGUUCCGACCGACCUUCGCGCGUGGUGCGUCGUCUGCGUCGUCUCCGAACAGACGCUCGAGCCGACUCUUCGGGGUUCGGUUCAUCCGUCGCGGCUGGCGCAGCUGGAGCCGGGGACGACGUCGAUCCGGCUGGACCCGCGCGCGUCCAGGGAACGCAUGGACGCGCGUCUCCGCGCGCUCCGGUCGGGGAAUCGGACGUGA